AUGCCCGGUGGCGGGGGGAGCCCGGCGCCCUGCAGUCUCCUGGCCGCCUCGGAGUCGCGGGGGGGCGAGGAGGCAGCGGCGGCGGGUCCCGGGUCCGGCGGCCCCGGGAGCUCCUGUGGCGGGGUCGGGGGCCUCGGUCCCGGCGGCGCCGGUAACAGCAACAGCGGCGGCCCUGGGGGCAGGAUGAGUCUUUCUCCGAAAGAGCUCUCCAGCCUGCUGGGGAUCAUCUCGGAGGAGGCCGGGGGCGGCAGUACUUUCGAGGGCCUGUCGAGUGCCUUUCAUCACUACUUCAGCAAGGCGGACCAUUUUCGCCUGGGCUCGGUGCUGGUGAUGCUGCUCCAGCAGCCAGACCUGCUGCCCAGCGCAGCGCAGCGCCUCACCGCGCUCUAUCUGCUCUGGGAGAUGUACCGCACUGAGCCCCUGGCCGCUAACCCCUUUGCAGCCAGCUUCGCCCAUCUGCUCAACCCAGCGUCCCCUGGCCGAGGGGGCCAGGAGCCGGACCGGCCCCCGCUCUCAGGAUUUUUGCCUCCUAUAACUCCACCAGAAAAGUUUUUUCUUUCCCAGCUAAUGCUGGCCCCACCAAGAGAACUCUUCAAAAAGACACCUCGACAGAUUGCCUUAAUGGAUGUAGGAAACAUGGCCCAGUCAGUGGAUAUCAGUGGGCUUCAGCUAGCAUUAGCUGAACGGCAGUCUGAAUUACCAACACAAAGCAAGGCUAGCUUCCCUAGCAUUCUCAGUGAUCCAGAUCCAGAUUCUUCAAAUUCUGGUUUUGAUAGUUCUGUUGCCUCACAGAUCACAGAAGCUUUAGUCAGUGGACCAAAGCCACCUAUUGAAAGUCACUUUCGACCAGAAUUUAUACGCCCACCACCUCCGCUACAUAUUUGUGAAGAUGAACUUGCUUGGUUAAACCCAACAGAGCCUGAUCAUUCAAUUCAGUGGGACAAAUCCAUGUGUAUUAAAAAUAGCACUGGUGUUGAAAUCAAACGUAUAAUGGCUAAAGCUUUUAAAAGUCCCUUGUCUUCUCCACAACAAACACAGCUCCUUGGGGAGUUGGAAAAAGAUCCCAAGCUCGUUUAUCAUAUUGGCCUCUCUCCUGCCAAACUGCCUGACCUUGUAGAAAAUAAUCCUCUAGUUGCUAUAGAAAUGCUAUUGAAAUUAAUGCAGUCAAGCCAGAUAACAGAGUAUUUUUCAGUCCUGGUCAACAUGGACAUGUCUUUACAUUCAAUGGAAGUUGUAAAUCGACUUACAACUGCUGUUGAUUUACCUCCUGAGUUUAUUCAUCUUUAUAUAUCAAAUUGUAUCUCUACAUGUGAGCAGAUUAAGGACAAAUACAUGCAGAAUCGUUUGGUGCGGCUUGUAUGUGUCUUUCUCCAGUCUCUGAUCCGCAACAAAAUAAUCAAUGUACAGGACUUAUUCAUAGAAGUACAAGCAUUCUGUAUUGAAUUCAGUCGGAUACGAGAAGCAGCAGGCCUUUUCCGAUUACUAAAGACACUGGAUACAGGGGAAAAUCCUUCUGAGGCAAAGACUUCAAAAUAAGGCCUGAUCAGUUCUACAGUGUUUUAAUUUUUAAAACUGUUAGAAUUCUGAAUGGAUGGAUGCCUUAGACUAAUAGUUUAAAAUUUUUUCCCAUUUGAAGCAAAAUUUUGCUUUUGCUUUUUUUUGCUACUGAUUUUCCUUUAAAUGAAUCUUCUGGAUUAAAUAGAGGGUUUCAUCUUUGGCUGCCUUGGUGAUAAUGAUCUAUGGGAAAAGCUACUAUUCUGAACUACACAAGUAGUCUAGCUCUCAAGCACUAGAGAGCAAGCUUCCUCUUUUGUUUAUAAGAAUAGCUAACUACUUGUGAUAAAUCAUGAUUCAAGCUUCCCAAAUUUUAGGCAAUCUUUUAAGGAAUUAUUUAAAUGGGAAAAGACCACAGAAUUUAUGAACUGAAUUAAUAACUUGUUAAGUCACAUUCUCUAAGUGGAGCAGCAUUUGUGAUUUAAUCAUUCUUAGAGUCACAAAUUGAAGGAAAAUUACAACUUUAUUUAAAAGUUUUCAUUAAGCACACUAUGAACUUGUUAAAGAAAAACUUUUAUCUUUUACCCUUUAAGCUGCUUGGACUUUUAACCUGCUCUUGUAACUAUCCAUUCUGACUUUCCAAUGUGGGUAUAUUCAUAAAAAUGUUCCCAUUUUCUAGACUAUUUUACUUAACUAUUUUUUUGUUCAUGUUUUAUCUCUCAAAGGCUACUUCCAUUACUAGGUUUGAAAGAACAAUAUAUCCUAAGAAAAAGAGUUCCUAAGUGUUUAGGGUUAUUCAACUUGCAUUAAUGUCAUAUUUUUAUUAAGAAUUUUGGAGAAAAGCAAGUUUUCCUCUUUGAAAAGAAUGGAAGCAUAAUCUCUUACCUUUUGGGCAACAGUGCCUUACCUCAAAAAAAUCAUUUUUACAUAUAGAAUUUGAUUUGUAUAUCUCUUUUCAGCAGAGUACAUAGUGCUUUUAUUAGAAAAUCCUACCUUGUCUUUAUCAGAAGGAAAUCAAAGCAAACUCAAAGGCAGCUAUGUUGUUCCAUUCCUAUUAACUUAAUUGGGGGGAGGGUUUGUUGAAUAUGAAUAUGGUUUCUUGAAUAAACUGCCUAUUCUUAUGAGAUGGGAGCUUCAUGAGUUCUUAACAAUAUUUUUGCUUGGAGGAAGAAAUAAGAUUUUAAGUAUCUUUUUAACCUGUGUUAAACCUAUGGUUUAACCUGUAGACUAACAACAUCCAGGUAUAAAGACUUGUGGUUUUGUGUUAACUGUGGCUAAUAAUUACUUCCAUCUUUCUAUUUUGGUUUCCCUUUUUUUGUGAGGGAGGGGAAGGGGGGGGCGAAGAGAGAAUUUGAAAUUAAGGAAAUUAAAAUUUGGUGAGGAAGAGAAAAUGUUAGUAGAUUCCUUAAUAUUUUCAAAUAGAGUUCCUAUCCUUUUAACUCAGAAGCCCAGCUCCUUUUCUUCCCUGGAUAGAGAAGAACUCAAAUUAAUAAAAUUAUCACUAAGA